AUGGAAGAUAAGGCAUUUGAGAUUUAUUCAGCGGUUGACAUUUCCAAUCCUCCAACCAAAGAUCUUUAUAAAACCUCUAGGCUCCUUCCACGCGUACGUUCAAGCAGUCCUAGAGCUCGAAAUAACAAAUACUAUAAAGAGCUCCAAGAAGCAACUAAAAAGCGUUUGGUAGAAGAGAUUUCAAGACCAAAAAUAUUAAUUGAAAAUUUUCACAUAGAGAAACCUCGCCCAAUAACCCACUUCAUCAAUAAAGCAAGAACAAAUUUUAUAAUAAAACUUAAGCAAGCCAAUGAUCAAAGAUCAGAAAGCACUGAGAGAUCUAAAACUCGGACUCCAAAUCAUUUCAAAGAAGACCGCGGUUAUGACUUCAGAUACAGCACACCAUUACCAAGAUAUUCUUCAGCUACUAAUAUAAAUAACUCCAGUCCUGUUAAAAAAGAAAUUGAUAUGAAAAAUUACAUCCCUGAGUGGCUUAUAUUAACUCCCCUCCCCCUCCAUUUGUGAACAAAAAAAUCUUAUUCACUCACGGAAGGGGUUAAUUUUUUUUUCGAAAAUUUAAAAAAAUCCUAAUCCGCAAAAAUUGGAAAGCAAAUAUUAAUUUAAUUUAUAAAAUUUAUGUUUUAAAAAGCGCAAUUGGGUUUAAAAUUAAACAGAAUUAGCUAUAGAUUUCGUUAUACUAAUUAUCAUUUAUAUAUCAAAUUAUUUUAAUAAAAAAUUUUGUUCGUUUAUGGAGGUUGGGUUUUUAGGCAAAAAUAGAGAUUUUUCUAGCUCACGGAGGGGGGAGUAAGAAAUGACUUUCAACAGACAUAUAGAAAAAUUAAAGAAGGAAAUGACGAUGAUAUAGCGAAUAUUGUCAAUACCCCAGCUGCACAGCGGACUGAAGAUGAGAAAAAUCUGUUAUAUGUAUGGAUUAGCAAUAUAAAAUUUUUUUCAAAAACCCCUAGAAUCGUUGUUAAAGAAACUUGUGAUAAAUUAUAUAGAAUGGAUUUUAAUCCUGGAGAAUAUCUAAUUCAAAAAGGUGAUAUAGCUGACUGUAUGUUCAUCAUUUUCAGCGGAAGAGUUGGGAUAUAUUUAUCACAUGAAUCUGAGAAAAUAGGAAUAAAAGAAAAAAAGGACGUUGUUGGAGAAAAAGCACUGGAUACUGAUAUGCCAAGAAGUGCUGAAGUCAAAGCUGAAGAAUACACUAUCACUUUUGUUUUAAAGAAAAUCGAAUAUCAAAGGGUGCUUAUGAACAUUAAAAAACUAGAAAAGCAUGAUACAACAAAAUUUUUAAUGAAUAUUCGUUAUUUUGGAAGAUGAAGCUUUCUUAAGGUUCAAAGAUUGUCAAGUUUUAUGAUUGUAAAAAACUAUCAAGCUGGAGAAGUCUUAUUUAACAGAGGAGACACAAGUAAUACCUUUUAUGUAAUAAAGCAAGGAAAAGUAGAAAUCCAAGUCUAUAUUGAUGUAGAAAGACAAAAUAAAUGGCCUACAGCUUCUCAGCAGUGAAAAAUUAUGCAAAUAAACAGAAAGUAUAUUAUUAAUCUUCAAACGUUAUUGCCAGGCGACUUUUUCGGAGAGGCUGAUCUAAUUGAUGAUUGCCCAAGGCAAACUAGAGCUAUUUGCACAGAGCCAACAACCUGCUUAACUAUAAACAAAAGUGAAUUUUUUGAAGUUUUUUCAAACAAAGACAUAGAAUCCAUAAAAAGCAUGAAAAGUGUUAUUAUCCCUAGCAAGGAAGAUCUCCAAAAGAAGCUUUUAUUGGAAAUAGAAGAAAGAAACACAUCAGAAAAAGCUAUUUUAGAUGCUUUAAAAGUAGAUUUUAUUACAGUAAUUGGAAGAGAUAACGAUGAUAAAAGGACCAAAAAGUUAAAAGAUUGGGUGAAUAAUUAUAAAAAAAGAAAAACUGAAGCUUUGUCACUUUUCAAUAAAAGGAUUGUGAAGGAGAUGAAAAAAACGGUAAAUGUUGCAGCGAGCUCAACACAAAAUUUGUUCCCUGAUAAGUCAAAUAAGUCAAUUUUGGAUUCGUUUAAUUAA